AUGAGCCGCACAAGAAAAGAUGCACAAGGUGUGAGGGAUCCCAAGGGUAAGAAAAGAAUCUCGUCACAUGAUUCCAUCAACUCCCUUGCACAAUCGAAGCUACGCAAACAUAAUAGUCCUCAUUAUAAUGAUGGAGAUUGUGUGCUUAUGAUGGCCCCUAAUCCGGAUGAUCCACCAUAUGUUGCUCAGAUUAUAGAAUCCAAGGCUAAAAAGGUGACAGUAAGAUGGUACUACAGACCCCAAGACACUGAUCUUUGGAAGAAAGACUGUCACGGAAAGUGUACCGUGCACACUUUCCAUGAAUAUAUAGAGCUUGAAGGUCGGCGUUCUGAUUCCGAUUACUACAGUCGAUUUGAGUAUGAUAUUUAUAAGAAAAAAUUGAUCGAUGUCAAAGAUGCUGAUUGGCUGUGCAUUUGCGGGAAUCCUUACAAUCCGGAUCUGUAUGUGUCUAUUGUCAGAUAUGCAAAUCAAGCAUUUCAGAAAAAGAAAUCUUGA